CGCGCUGAUUGCUGUGGCUGCGCGCCCGACCCCGCCCGCGCGUGUGCGCGGCCGAGCGAGGGCGCCGCACGGGCCUGAUGGGGGUGAUCCAGGGUUUCGGGGACGCUGAGCGCCACUUUCCUCCUCCCUGGCAGUGAGAGAGGGACGAGGGGGAAGCGGGCUGCUGUCCUGCCAGACCACUUUCGCUGCGCUAUCCCGCGAGCUCCCGGCAGGAGGUGAAAGUCCCCGGCGGGGUCCGGAUGGCGCAGUUGAGCUGCGCCUGCUGAACUCGCGGCCGCCUGCGCACGCAGGGCGCGGGGACUCGUCUUGGCUGCUCCCCCACUUCGCGGCGGACAAUCGGUUCCCGGACACGCCGCCUACGAGACAAUUUGACAGUUGCAGAGAGGGAUUUUAAGGCCACUUCUGACUUGCCAAGCUCGCCUUCGACCUGAAAGACCAAAGGCUGCCGUGACUGGAGGGGACCCCCGUUGGAGAAAUGGCAGUGACCCCCCGCCACGUGAUUACCACCAUGUUCGCCCUGAUGAGCUCCUGUCUGGCUGGUCCAGAGCCCAGCACCCCAUGUGAGCUGUCACCGAUCAACGCCUCUCAUCCUGUCCAGGCCUUGAUGGAGAGUUUCACCGUUCUGUCUGGCUGCGCCAGCAGAGGCACAACUGGGCUGCCCCAGGAGGUUCACGUCCUAAACCUCCGCAUUGCGAACCAGGGAGCAGGGCGGCUGCAGAGGGAGGUUACACUGCACCUGAGACCCAUCUCCUCAGUUCACAUUCACUACAAGCCUGUUGUGUUCCUGCUCAACUCCCCACAGCCCCUGGUCUGGCAUCUGAAGACAGAGAGACUGGCCAAUGGCGUUCCCAGAUUUUUCUUGGUGUCGAAGGGCUCUAAGGUCCAGUUUUCAUCAGGAAACUUCUCCUCAACAGCAGACACAGAAGAGAGGACUUUUCCUCAAGGAAACGAGCAUCUGCUAAACUGGGCCCGGAAGGUAUACGGAGCGGUGACUUCAUUCACGGAACUCAAGAUAGCAAGAAACAUCUACAUUAAAGUGGGGGAAGAUCAAGUGUUUCCUCCCACGUGCACCAUCGGGAAGAAUUUUCUCUCGCUCAAUUACCUUGCUGAGUACCUUCAACCGAAGCCUGCCGAAGGUUGUGUCCUGUCCAGUCAGCCCCAGGAGAAGGAAGUACACAUCAUUGAACUAAUCGCCCCCAACUCAAACACACACAGCCCCCUCCAGGUGGAUAUAGUCAUCGACAUACAACCCGCUCAAGAGGGCCCUGAGGUGGUCAGAGACCUCAUCCUCAUCCUGAAGUGCAAGAAGGAUGUCAACUGGGUGAUCAAAUCUUUUGACGUCAAGGGAAGCCUGAAAGUUAUUGCUACCAACAGCGUUGGCUUUGGAAAAGACAGUGAAAGAUCCAUGACAGUGACCAAGUCGAUAAAAAACGACACCCUUUCCACCCAAGAGAAUCUGGUGCAGUGGGCAUUGGAUAAUGGCUACAGCCCAGUGACGUCAUAUACCAUGGUGCCUGUGGCGAAUAGAUUUCAUCUCCGGCUUGAGAACAAUAAUGAGGAGAUGAGAGACGAGGAAGUCCACACCACUCCUCCAGAGCUUUGGAUCCUGCUGGGCCAUGGCCACAGGCCUACCCUGGAUAACCCACCCUUCCUGGGAGGGAAAAGCAAAGAUGAAGGUCUCCCAUUCUCUUUCGGGAAUAUCCCCAAGAAAGGCUGGAAGGAGGGAGAAGAUAGGAUUCUCCAUCCAAAGAAUCCUGCCAUUCCCAGCAUCCCACUGUAUCAGGACCACAAAGAGCCGGAAGAAGUACAGGGGGGUGUGGCCAACGCCUUGUCGGUCAAGUGUGACAGUGAAAAGUUGACCGUAACUGUGAGCAAAGACUCCCUCAGAGACUCUCUCAAGACCGGUAACUACUCAGAGAUAGAGCUCACCCUGUCAAAUCAUUCAUGCAAAGCCAAGAUGAACAGCACCCACUUUGUUUUGGAGUCCCCCCUGAAUGGCUGUGGCACUGGACACUGGCGGUCAGCCCCUGACGGUGUGGUCUACUAUAACUCGAUUAUGGUACAGACGCCAUCCCGUGGGGAUGGCAGUGGCAGCGGGUCAGGGGGCUUUGAAGACUUGGAGUCAGGUGACAGUGGAUUUUCAGGAGACACCGAUGAAGGAGAGGCCAUCUCCCUGAGCCGAGCUAGAACUGUGAAGGUGUUCCAGUUUAACUGCAGCUUGCGGCAGCUGAGGAAUCCCAGUGGCUUCCGGGAUCCGCUCGAUGGAAACAUCACCUUCAACAUGGAGCUGUACAGCACAGACCUCUUUCUGGUGCCCUCCCCCGGGGUCUUCUCUGUGGCAGAGAACGGGCAUGUUUAUGUGGAGGUGUCCGUCACCAAGGCCGACCAAGAACUGGGCUUUGCCAUCCAAACCUGCUUUGUCUCUCCGUUCUCAAACCCGGACAGGAUGUCUGACUACACCAUCAUCGAGAACAUCUGUCCCAAGGAUGAGUCUGUGAAGUUCUACAGCUCCAAGAGAGUGCACUUCCCCAUCCCGCACGCCGAGGUGGACAAGAAGCGCUUCAGCUUUGUCUUCAAGUCCGUGUUCAACACCUCCCUGCUCUUCCUACACUGUGAGCUGACGCUGUGCACCAGGAGGAAGGGCCCGCAGAGGCUGCCAAAGUGCGUGAGUCCUGAUGAGGCCUGCACCUCUCUAGAUGCCGCCAUGAUCUGGACCAUGAUGCAGAAUAAGAAGACGUUUACCAAGCCCCUGGCUGUGAUCCACCAGCCAGAUUAUAAAGAAAAUGUUCCAGACACUAAAACUAAGGAGUCCAGUCCAAUUCCUCCCCCUCCACAGAUUUUCCAUGGUCUGGACACACUAACUGUAAUGGGCAUUGCAUUUGCUGCCUUUGUUAUUGGAGCACUCCUGACGGGGGCCUUGUGGUACAUCUAUUCCCACACAGGGGAAACAGCACGAAGGCAGCAAGUCCCCACCUCACCACCGGCCUCGGAGAACAGCAGCGCAGCCCACAGCAUUGGCAGCACUCAGAGCAGCCCCUGCUCCAGCAGCAGCAUGGCCUAGCGGGAGCCCGAUGCCCGCUGCUGUCGUCGCCGCUGCCGCCGCCGCCAGGGCAGGGCCCAAAGCCGGCGCUGCGUGUCCAGACUCCGAAGGCUCCAUCUGGGCUCCCUGUAAAGAGAGAGUGAAUUUCAGUGUGCCGACAGCCUGUUGCACCCCCCCCCCCAUCACCCCGGACAUCUGUCACACAUGAAAGCUAAGCUGGUGGCCUUCUCCAGACCCUCGGAGGACGAGGGUUUCAAUGUGAAACACACUAGUGUUUUCUUUUUAAUGCUGCUUUGUCCAGGUGUCCAAACAGCCAUCAUCUGGGGUCAGAAGUUUGACCCGGAGUAAGGGGGAAGGAGAAAGGAAGACAGCCGGAGAAUAGAGCCAGGGAGACGUGGCCAAAGAUGCCCUCCUAGCUGCACCAAGAUGUAAAAUAGAAGAAAUGUCCCCUCCGUAUCCAAUCUGCACCUCUCUCUGGGUGCCCACUUCUGACCUGCCACACCCUACAUGGUGCCCUGUUUAGCUCGCUAGCCUGAGGGAGCAGGCUACACCCUGCCACUUGUUAAGGCAACAUUCCUUUCUUGGGCCAAAAUGAAUGCUGAUUCCUGUUCCUCCACGCACGUGCACACACACACACACACACACACACACACACACGCCAACUCCAUACAUAUCUUAAAGCCAAAUUUGUUAAUUCUUACAGGCAUACAGAAACAGAAAAUGCCCAAAGUAUGGAACAACGGGUUGUGCCUGUUUCUGACAUUUUGUCCUGAUCAUAUUUAAACUUCAGGGGGGUGAAGGUGUCGUGUGUGUGUGUGUAUGUGUGUGUGUGUGUGUGUGCAUAUAAGCACAAGUGUGUGGCAUCUGCACAUUGGAGAUAGGACCACACCCUCUUUAAAAAUGUUCUAUGCUUCCAGAGUUGAAACGUGAGUUAUAAGUCAUAGAUUAUGUGGACUCAAUACAGCGGCCUUUCUGAUGAACCCUUUAUCAAAGCCAGACCCUUCCAGGAGGCCCCAGGUCAUCUCACGAUGUCACCGGUCCUGCCCUCAGAAUGCAGAGAGAGAAGGGCACUAGCUUUAAAGUAGCUCACAAAAAAAGGGUUUCAGGGGAACUUCCUUCAACAGAAAAAUAUGAGACCACUCUGACAGCACUCUGUAGCGCUGUGUUAAAACUGAACCCCAGAGGGGACCUCCAUGCCGGAUCCACCGUAAAUGAAAUCAGAUUGCUUUCCCAGAAUUCCUCCAAACAACUUAAGAGUCCAUGACUAGAACAAGCUUGAUUCUAGCCUGAAUUUCUCAGGCGCAAACUCCACUGCCUUUCAGAGUCAGGUGGUUGUGCUUCAGGAGUGAAAACUUCAGUAGGAAAUGUUGCUGGUAGAAACAGGGCAAGUGGAUGGAGACGGCAGUGUCUUUGUCACUGAGUCGUAGUCUGGGUGGAUGGAUGGGUGGGCGGAUGGGUAGGUGGGUGGGCGGAUGGAUGGAUGAAUGGAUGGAUGGAUGGAUGAUGGAUGGAUGGAUGGAUGGAUGGAUGGGCGGAUGGAUGGGUGGAUGGAAGGAAGGAAGGAAGGAAGGAAGGAAGGAAGGAAGGAAGGAAGGACGGCUCUUAUUCAGUUGGGAUAAUUCAAACCAAAGCAGAUUCCUUCCGGGCUGACAGCUUCAGACUGAUGCAUUGAUGAAUUGAGAGUAUUUCAGAUUUCCACCCAUGAGUACGAAUGGUGUGAGACCAGGGAAAUACUUCUCUUUAGUUCAUCAUUUCUCGUCAAGCUGUCGUUGUGGAAAACCUAGAUUGUGCUACCUGUGUCUAAAAAUAAUGCGCUUUGCCUAACCUUCAGCAGAAUGUAAUUGUUAAGUAUAUAUUCUAUGUAUAAAAUGUUUAAAGAUGUCUUCAAAGAAGACUAGAGUCUUUAAAUCACUUAUAGCUAUAUUUUACUACAAAAAGUCUGUAUAAAGAUAUAUUUAAAUGUUUUAGAGAAAUUUAAGUUACUCCAUAUGAAAUGUUUAAUUUCAGUUACUGUGAAUUCUCAUCAGUUACUUUAAAAAAAAAGAAGAAAAAACCUUUACCGUCUUGUUAAAAAGAAAAUUAGCUAUGGGAAGGUAUUAAAAGAGUCAUUUCUUAGAUGGAUGGAGUUUAAAAAUUUUGUAAUAUAUUUAAAUGUAUAUUUUUGAGAGAGAUACUACAUUACCAAUGAUUUUAUAAUCUUAAAUUAACUUACAAAUUUAUAAAUUGCAAACAAAAGUAUUUUUAGAAGGAGAAAGAAAAAAAAACACCUUUUAUUUCCUUGGAUCUCACUAUCAGAAGUAUUACUCAGCUCAAGAACCCCCAUUCCGUAUUGGAGAAUGAAUGUGUUAAGUAUUUCUGAAGUAUAAAGCUAGGGUCUCUUCCCCAGCCUCUUGUUACAGUGUUUCUGACUGCUUCCUGCCAAUCACAGAUUUAAUACAAAGUAUAAGCUUUACUUUUAUAACAUAUUCUGCAAGUUUCCUAAGACUGGCUGAACCCAGUUCCACCUGCAGUCUUGUGUUGUUUCUGGGGGCCACGCCAUGGUCAGAGGCCACGCUAGACUGCCCGAGUCCUUGGUGACUGCAAUGCCCAGCUCUUCAUGUUGUGGUGUUCCCCAGCUGUAACACUGCGUUGUCAAAGGUUGGAGAUUUUUCUUCUGCUGGAGCUGGUCAUGUAGCAGUUUUUUUCCUAAACACAAAAUGGUCUCUUGCUUGUCUGGUAAUGUGUCGUGAGUCCAUUUCCUGCAUGUGUUCUCGGCAGGCAUGCCUGAGUGUGUGGGGUGCACAGGCGUGCCCUUCCUUUUUUUACUGUAACUACCUCAUGGUUUGAAUGAUGCGCAUACUGCUGGUUGUGUUAACAGCACAUGUCGUCGGCUGAGUCGUGUAUGCAAACUUUUUCUUAACCCUGUUUGUUUUAUCUGGGGGUUCAUUCAUAAAACUGACAGAUAUUUUUCUAGGAAGGACUAUUAUCAGUUUCCAAAUACAAUACUCCUUCCUCUAUUCUGGUUUUUCCUGAAUGAGCCUGAUUUUGUUACUGUUCUAAGUCUGUGAGGGUCAAAGCGUACCCUGAAAAAUCCCUGUGGCCAGUUGGAACACCCCUGCUGUAACCUUUCCUGUUUGUGAGUCAGAGACUUGUGAACCUGCUUAGAGGUAUAGUUUUGAUAACCACAGUUUUAAUUCCUUUAUCUGUGCAUAAUAAAAAAGAUAUAUCAAUUA